AUUCGCAUCUGGUCGCAUAUAGGCGGUAAAUAAUCUCAGCCUAGUUUAUACGUAAUCCCCCUGUUUUAUGAAUCACGGUAAACAAUAUUUUGUAGCUUCGUUCGAGUUAGGGAGAAAUGCAGUCGACGUGCUGCAUGUUUACUAAACGUCUCAGAAUAUCGGUUUAAUUUCAGCGAGAAAGUUCGAUCCGAUUAAUCAGAACAAGAUUAGAGUGUCGGUCCCAUCGUAUAAUAAACAUUGUUUUGGGGGAACAUAUUAAUAUAUAUUAUAAGUCUGCCGUCAAAAAUCCGAUGGCCUCGUCUAGAAAGUGAAUUUCAGGAAAAAAACGAAAGAUUUUGAAUUGUGAGUUAUGUAACUGCAAAAAAAUGUAUAUUUUGACGCCAAAACUAGCCAAGUCUAACAUGUAGUGUAACUCAAGUACGACUAUAGACACCUCAAGCAAAUUUGGAUAUUAUAUUUCAUGUUUUACACCAUUGUCAUACAAUGUAACUGAGCGUUGGUUGACACGGUUUGAGUUUAAGAGAAGAGAAGUUACUCGCAAACCGGUUUUAUAUUCAAGCAUACAACGGUAUGGUUAUUGUGGCACACGCACCGCCGAGAUGUCUUCUCUUUGUGGUUUAAUGAAUCGCCUGUUUCGCAUGCGUGCCGUGAAAACAGUCGUAGUUGACGGUUUUAUAAAUGUACGCUGCUGACCAACGAAGAGACUACAUCUCUCAAUCUGGUUAAUCGAGAAGAUUAUAUGCGGCAACCGGUACUUUCCAGGCAAACUGUAAAAUUAAGUAGCUUGAUUAAAAUAUUAUUCUUCGAUAGUUGAUUGUAAGUAUUGCGCAUAUUAAUCUGAACGUCGUGCCAGGAGGAGUUGGCCACAUCAUCAGCAGGCGACGGAGGAAGGGACGCUACGUCGGCGGAUACAAUCAAUUUGCGUAAACAUUGCGGCCUCCCAAUGCCCAGCUUUUCCGCCGUAGGUUAUUUACAAGAUUUUCAAUUUUGAACGAUAAAAGCAGGCGCUUUAGUGAGCUUAAGCACACCUAGUAGACACUUGAGCCCAAUAAGCGAGAAUGUCAGCUAUUUGCAGUCGCGAGUUAGGUUUCGGAUUAGGACAGCCGAAUACGUAGAACAUUGCCAAGUAUUUUAGUCCUGCAGCAAACAUAUUUAUUUAAAUAAAUCAAUCCGAUUAUCAAUUUUAGAAUGCUCGGACUUUGUUUUGGGCAACUGAUGCCAAAUACGUGACAGAAUGGUAGUUGGAUAUUUGGUUACAGUUUUAAAACUUGCAGUUGUUUUGUCGACGCUGCCUUCGUUAAAAGCAAACCCAAGGCGCUCAUACACUUGCCGGGACUGUUUACUGCAGUGUAAUACGCUCGAAAGGGAUAUGACAAGAUGUUAUCUUUGUUUGCACGUGUGUGGAAGACAACUGACCGAUGUUUUCAACUUCUUCAGCGAGUAUCACUGCCAGCCACGGAGGGGCGCUGAGCUACCAGGCCCAACGACACCAACGACAACAACGACAACAACGACAACAACGACAACAACGACAACAACGACAACAACGACACCACCUACACCCACUCCAUUACCGGGCACACAACCGGCAGAAGAACUUAUACGGCAAAACAGACAUUUAUUCGUUGACCCGAAUCAACUGGCAAACAUGACAGCAGUUUUAGACUCGGAAAGUAGAGCUCCUUCACCUAGAAGUCAUAGCAGUAUAUUGCCAGUAUGCCCAACAACACGAAUGGUGAUAACACCGAUGUGGGUGGAACACAAGUCCGGUCAUUUGGUGACAUUGGUUACUCAUAACGAACUCGUGCAGUCGUUUUUCGUCGGGGUAUGUCGGAACACGACGCCGGAAAUAGACGUUCCAAACAGCAGAUGCAAAACAGAACAGACGCUGCACAGCGCGAUGUUUUGGGUGUCGCGUGCCUGGACGCGGGCUCAUCCACACGCAAGGUUUGAUGACUGUACCCCGACAAGGCACGAUCCGGAAAUACUUUGGUGUAAGGAUUGGGUCAGGUUAAACGCCGCUUGCUCGUUGUUUAUUGCUGGUUCGACCUAGAUCCUUGGUAUUCAAAGAUAGCGAAACAGCCCGCGAAAAUUCCGCUGAGAACACAAGGGUGAUGCAUGGGAAACUCCAGUACGACCGUGGGUGUGUUUAUAUAACACGGAGAAAGAGGCAGACAUGUCAAAACCGUACGAUACCGGAACCUUCUAAAUUUUAAUUGUCGGAUAUAAACCAUUAUGCGGGGAAACGAAAAACGCUAAGAUUUUGGUAACUGCUACAUCGAGCAAAAGUCAGAAAACCGGAUCGUCGACUUUCGAAGAAAAGACGAUGUGUGCCACACCUGCAUAACUAUGUAGAUAAACAUGGCAACAACAGCGGCACAGUAUUGCAAGGGGGGUUAACACAAUUAUAAUACCUUAUGCAGUAAUGAGAGAACGAUAGCUUCAUUAAUGAUUUCAAGGUUCGGCGUUAAAGGAUUUUCAUAUUGAACCAAGAUUAUGGUUGGUUCCCAAUUAUUUGCAAUCAUGUAACAGACGUGCAAUGACUUCAUAUUUGAAGGUGAAAUUGAAAUGAUUUUUUUUGAUUUGAUAUGUAUGUUACUAUAAAGGCCAUUCAAAAAAUACCGAACAGGGCGACCAUUUUUAUGUUUAAAAAAUUAAAUUCAAAAUCGUUCCUGGCGUGUGCUAAAGUAACCCAGACGUUUAUUUAUUGAACGAUAAUUAUUUAAGUAACUUUUUUGAUAUAAAAAGGUUUAUCCGCAAUAGUAAAAAAGGCCAUAGCAAACGGAAUAUUCUGCACCAUAUUUGAUCUUAUCUUUUAGUUUGAAUUGCAUUCUUGAAACCUUACCUCCACACGGUGUUUCGCAAGCAAAGGACGUAUUCCUUUAGGAACUGUAAACUUGUGGCCUUGGUUAGUUUGUAUUGAUUCUGUUAUUUUCAUCGAGUCUUCGUCAGCAGCGGACUUGAUCUAAAAAUAUUAUGUUGUUAAUUUUUUGUUGUUGUUAAUUUUUUUUCAGUACUGUGAAUUUAGUUGUUAUUCUUUAUGAUGCUUCCGCAUUACGUUCAAUUGUUAUUUAUUUAAUUAAAUCUUGCCUUUAAAACAUUGGUCAGAACAUGCUAUGAGAUAUA